CUAUGACACGUGUCUCUCCGUAAUUUGCCGUAUACGUGUCGGGGAAACAUCAAAGUGUCACAAAAUGUGUCAAUUAGACUAUUUUCGACCAAUAGGAGUGUGACUAGUGAGAAUUUCUCAUUACGUUUGACUUCGUUAGAGAUAAAGUAAUGCGCCACUAAAUAACUGUACUGCAGGCUCAUCAUUAUCUCAGAGUAAACAAAGGGAAACGUAUCGUAUUAAAGGUGCAAAACUGAAAUGUUUACGACGGUAAACCUUGUGGUUUUUCCUUUAUUUAAUAUUCCCAAAGUAAGCUAUCGAGCACAUUACAUGAAUCAUUGUUGGAAGUCAGAGGGAAAUGGCUUCUAAGAAAGUGGGACCACCUCGCCCGCCUUUGCCUUCGAAGAACCAACUCAAGCAGAAGCAAGUCGAUACAAAGAGAACAGAGCACACGGAAGAUGUAAUAGCGACAAGGAAUCCUUUCUCCAUACGUUACUGUCGAGAUGAUAGUAAUCAAUCGGACGAAGAGAUCUCGAUCACUCUCAAGGAAAAAGCACCAGUUGUCCAGUUGGACAGAAAUAAUGAAAACAAAACAGACCCAUUGAAUAAUGGUUCACUCCAUGGGGAAAAUUCACUAUCGAAUUCGCCAGCUACACCCUCAGGCGGUUGUGUACUUCAUUCGCUGCCUUUCUUGCCAAAAGCGCCAAAUAUUUCUAACAAAGAGCCUAUUUCAGACGGUGAAACAUUGAACUGUAAAGCUGCUGGACAAAAUAACUCUUCUGAUGAAAUAGUGUUCGAAACAGCUCAUUAUGAUAACGAAGCUAACACAAUAGCUUCUGUUAACUCAAAUGAACAAGAAGAAAAUAUUCCUUUGAGCUCAGGGGUAGAUAAUCCUGUAAUUCAUUCGUCUAUAUCAUUAAAAUCUCUACUAAAAAAGGACGUACACAGUUUGUCGAAUUUUCCGAAAGCGAAAAGUCUGGAUGAUAUGAAAAGAAAAAGUCUUUUAGCUUCAGCCAUAAUUGGUACAACAAAGCUUAUUAUGCCAUUUGGUGUGGGAGAUUUAAGUUCAGAAAUCACUGACCAAGAGACUGACAAGGAUGAAGAUGUAUUUCAAACAGAAGUACCAGUUUACAAUAUACUCUUGUUGUCAACGGUAGUAUUCUUAUAUUUUAUGUUGCCAUCUUCAUCUUUUGUAAAUGGCCUUGCCUUUGGUGGAGUAUUGAUGUAUUUUGUUAUUUUCACAUUGAUUUGGAUUUUGACACCUGAGAUGACCAACGAAGAACGAUAUAGACGUGACCUUAUAGAACAUGAACAUGAAAUGGAAAAGUUGCAAAUUUCCAAGAACGCAACUCAAUGUAGCAAUUCAAAUCAACCUCAGGAUUUGGAGGGAUGGUUUUUUAAAGCUUCAGAUUAUAGUGCCUCAGAACCUGUUGAUUUUGGGGACAUCGAUCAAGUACAACCAGUCUAUUUGAGCUUGGAAUCACAUUUGCUCACAUUUUCCUUUCCAGUUGAAGAGAGUUUGGGGAAGAUUAAACGAAGCAAUAUGCUUGCAAAAAAUGAGAAUAUAAAAUUUAGUGAUACGAAGGACUACGAUUUAAGUUAUGGUGGUGACAUUCAACUUGUUCCAAACACAUUAACAUUGAAGCGAUUGUGGGCUAGGAAAUACCCCAUUUAUUUAAAACUUUUUAUCAAACCACCCAGUCAAGAGAACGUUGAGGAUAAUGCAGGAUCACAAGAUACAUUUGUUUUACCCUCUGACACAGAGGAGAUUUACCUGUUUAGUACCACUGGGCGUGCGAAGGAAGAAUGGUAUUAUCGAAUGGAGAAUAUUCUUAAACCUCGUACACACAGCAAGGAAAUUGAAAAUAUAUUCUACCAUCAAAAGACCUUUACUAACUAUAUGCAAAAGUUGAUUGGUGGUGAAUGUGAACCAACAACAAUGGCGCAACUAACUUGGGUCAAUGCAUUACUCGGACGUUUGUUCUGGGAUGUUUGGAAAAGCAAAUAUUGGAACGACAAAAUGAAAAAUCGAUUGCAAAGCAAAAUAUCAAAAAUAAAAUUACCAUCAUUUAUUCGCUACCUUAAGGUCACGGAUAUAAAAUUGGGCAACGCUUUACCUAAGAUUGAACGCGUGCACAAUCUUCGUCAGGAUCAUCGUGGGAUAUGGGUGGAUCUCGAUGUGGAUUAUACUGGUGGUAUAAUGUUAACAAUAGAGACAAUGAUAAACCUGGAGUACUAUCUCAGACAACUAACUGAGCAGAAUAAACCCGAAAACGAUAUUGUUCUCAAGUUUUCGCGGGAAGAUAGUGUCCAUAGUGACGUCAGUGUUGAUAGCGACACUGAAGAUGGUUCAGACGAGUACCACAGCCCUAGUGCAUCUAGUGACGGAUCUGUGAGUGAUGGGGAAAAUAUAGAAGAAUCAACUGAUGGAGACCAAAAGUUUGAUGAUAAAUCAAAGACGUCCUGUGCACCGGAGGAUAAUCAGGGAUGGGCAGGUAAAAUAAAGAAUCCAAGGGGUAAAAAGAUCGUCAACAUGUUGGAGAAGUUCGCCAAGUCAAAAUGGGUACAGAAGGCGGCAGAAAGCAAAGUUGUACAAAAAGCUGUCUCUAAACUCUCAAAUAUUCCCAUUGAAGUGAGCGUCGAAGUAGUGAGGUUACAAGGAACUUUGGCUGCUAAUAUACCACCGCCUCCUUCAAAUAGAUUAUGGCUUGGUUUCCAUGUUAAUCCUAUAUUAAGUCUGAUCGCGAGGCCAAAACUUGGCGAAAAAAAUGUCAGACUGACUCAGGUCACGGAAUGGAUCGAGUACAAACUGAAACAAGAAUUUAAGUCAAUAUUUGUUCUACCAAAUAUGGAGGAUAUAACAAUAAGAAUUAUGGAUAGUGGUUUUGAAGACAAGUUUCCUUCUUCAUGAAUCGAAGAAAGAGUUUGUCUUGCUGUUUUCUCCGGGUGAAAUAAUACAAGAGAACGCUGAAGAUUGGUUCAGUUUACUUUACAUGAAGUAAUGGUGUUUAUGUUAACGUUGUGUUACAAGUCAACAAACUUUCUUUACUUCAUUUAAGCCCAGUUUUGAUUAUUUAUAGUGUGAAUUGUAAAUCUAUAUUGUGAAUGGCUUGUACUGUACGUAGCUAAAUAAUCGUAAAGAUUCAACUAUAGAGAAAUAGAUGUUUAUUGAAAUUCAUAGAAAAAUCUACUAGUUAAUAAACUUGCUGUUAAAGAAA